UCGGAUGUAAAUUGCACCGUAGAAACCUUUCAACUGCGCUUCGCCAUCGCGAAAUGCGUUUCGAGAGCAGGCAAUGAACCGCCUUUACGAUACGUCUGCUACAUCGAUUGCAUUUCUAUUUGAUUUGUUUUUUUAUCCGAUGUUAUUUUAGCGCAUAGAAACUGUGGCCUAAUGACAGCAUUCGUAGGCGAGUAGGCGGAAGCCGUGUUAGGGAAGUUUAAAAUUAUCACAUUGUUGUCUCCCAGUGGGAUGGAUAAUGUCAAAGGGAGCGGCCGUUUGCAGUGAACCAUGCCAUCUACGUUUGAGUGUUCUUUUUUCAGUUUCGAAGCAAUGAUAAGAUGAUUCUGUGAUAUAAGAGAGAAAGAAAACUUAUUUCUAUGAGUCAUUCGUUGAUGUGCAGUGAAGCUUAUCUGAUAAGCGAAACAGGAACAAGGAAAAGGCGGAGAAAAGAAAUAAAAAAUAACACCCAAGAAUUCACUUACGCAACCCUACCACGGACGCAACGCGGUCAACCAAUUGUGCUGGGUGGCGACCCGAAGGGAAAGAACUUUCUCUACACCAACGGUCACUCGGUGAUCAUCCGGAACAUUGAUAAUCCCGAGAUCGCGGACAUUUAUACAGAACAUUCUUGCCAGGUCAACGUGGCCAAAUACUCCCCAAGUGGGUUCUACAUCGCUUCCGGCGAUCAGUCGGGCAAGAUUCGAAUCUGGGAUACGGUCAAUAAAGAGCACAUUUUGAAGAAUGAAUUCCAGCCGAUCGGUGGCCCUAUUAAGGACAUUAGUUGGUCACCGGACAGUCAGCGGAUUGUAGUUGUCGGCGAGGGACGGGAACGUUUCGGUCAUGUUUUUAUGGCAGAUACUGGAACAUCUGUUGGUGAAAUCUCCGGACAGUCGAAACCGAUCAAUUCGUGCGAUUUCAGACCGGCAAGACCAUUCCGAAUCAUCACUGGCAGCGAAGAUAACACGAUCGGUGUCUUCGAAGGUCCACCGUUCAAAUUCAAGAUGACCAAGCAGGAUCAUACGAGAUUUGUGCAAGCCGUGAAGUACUCUCCGAAUGGUCACUUGUUCGCCUCGGCUGGAUUCGACGGAAAGGUCUAUUUGUACGACGGAACCACUUCGGAGUUGAAGGGAGAAAUUGGAUCACCCGCUCACGGAGGCGGUGUUUAUGGAGUCGCCUGGAAGCCUGAUGGUAGCCAACUGCUUACUUGCUCAGGUGAUAAGACCUGUAAACUGUGGGACGUGGAAUCGCGAACCCUCAUCAGUGAGUUCCCCAUGGGAACCGCAAUUGACGAUCAACAGGUAUCUUGUCUGUGGCAAGGUGAUCAUUUACUUUCUGUUUCUCUGUCGGGCUUUAUCAACUACCUCGAUGUUAACAAUCCCACCAAACCUUUGCGAGUGGUAAAGGGCCAUAACAAACCAAUCACUGUGUUGACCUUGAGCCAGGAUCGCAGCACAAUAUACACUGCCAGUCAUGAUGGGGCCGUUACCAAUUGGAAUUCUGGAUCCGGAACGAAUGAUCGUGUUGCUGGCGUUGGUCACGGCAAUCAGAUUAAUGAUAUCCGUGCAUGUGGAGAUUUUGUUUACACUGCAGGUAUCGAUGAUUCGAUCAAGCAAAUCAGUAUUGAAGCUAAUCGUUACACCGGAGUGGAAUCUAAGCUGAGUUGUCAACCUCGGGGCAUGGAUAUACUGACGGAGAGCAAUAUCAUUGUGGUUGGAUGUGUGAAGGAUGUGACCGUACUUCAGGAUAAUCGUAAGGCUUCCUCGGUACCAAUUAACUUCGAAUCGAGCAGUGUUAGCAUCAAUCCCGAGACGCUGGACGUUGCCGUGGGAGGUGAUGACAGUAAGGUUCAUGUUUACAGCUUGAAUGGAACACAGCUCAGCUCGAAGCUGGAGUUGGAUCAUUUGGGACCUGUUACUGACUGCAAGUAUUCGCCCGAUAAUAAACUGUUGGUGGCUUGCGAUGCUAAUCGGAAAGUGAUUCUGUAUAGUGUUCCGGAAUACAAGCCUGCUCACAACAAAGAAUGGGGCUUCCAUAAUGCUCGUGUCAACUGUGUGGCCUUCUCGCCGGACUCAUUGCUGGUCGCCAGCGGUUCUCUCGACACUACCAUCAUCAUUUGGUACGUCGCCAGUCCCGCUAAGCAUACCAUCAUUAAGAAUGCUCACCCUCAGUCCCAGAUUACUGGUCUGGUUUGGCUUGACAAUGAGACACUCAUUUCCACCGGACAAGACUGCAACACCAAAGUAUGGAAUAUUGAAAAAGCUGCCUAAAGGGCGACUAACAGAAUCGGGAAACUAUGACGAGUCACCAUGAAGUUCGUACUUUUCUAUAAGUUUUUCUUUUUCGAUUCACACAUAGUGUAGAUGACGCUGUGCAUAUUGGGAAAGGAAGUUGUCGACGAUAGAAACAUAGGAACCAAAUAUUCAAAAAUCAAAUCAGUUAAGGACGAAAAAUAUCAAGCAAAAUAUAGUUUUCCCACGACUGCAAUUAAGUAUUCUUCGUAUCAUUUUAUUUCGAUCGUUUAGAGAUGAUAAAUUGUGUUAUGAUCGACCCAGCUAACAACUCAAGAAUGCAUUUAAAACUAAAUUACAAACAAUUGAAAGAAGUAGUUUUGGGAACAUUGUUUUUUGUGGUGAUUUCAGCCAUUUUCCUCGAGUAAUAUUAUUUAUUUAUAACAAAAAAUAGCACACAGGUAGUGAUUCAAUUAAUGCAGUAUCAGAUCAGAAGACUUUUGUUGUUGUGUGAUCUCUUGUUUUGAUCAACAAGUGUUGUUGCUCGUACUAUCGGUCUGUUUGUUUGCGCGUGAGCAUUACUAAUCACCGAAGCAUUUGAGUUUUAUCGAUUCAAUAUUACCGAUUUUUGGAAGGCUUUAUAAUACGAACAAGAAAAACGUGUUUGUCACAACGCAAUGUAUCGAAACGGAUUAUACCUAUUUAUAAGAAUAAAAGUAAAGAAAGCAGCAACCUGAA